AUGGCAUUCGGCGCUCGGGCCCCGCAGGCCUCCCACGCCCAGUUCCAUGGCGAGCUGACGGCGGCGCUGGCGGCACGACGCCAGCCCGAGCUCGACCCCAACUACCAGCUGCUCACUACCGCUGUGGACUACCUGCAUCGCAGAGUGCACCCCAGCUCCGCUCCGGAGCUCUUUGUCAGCCUGGUGCAGGGGCAGGCACUCAAGCAUGCCGAGGCAGUGCUGUCGUCGUCGGGCAAGGCAGAUCUGACGGCUGUGAAGCUGGACCCGCUCGCGGUGUCUGUGGUGGUGAUCAAGAGCCUGAGCAUGCUGCACGUGCCGCUGCUGGGCGCUGCGGCACGCGCUGAGCUCUUCAAUGCCGCCAUCGGCGACUUUGCCGGCGAAGUGCGCAUCAGCAUCAUCAGCGACGUGCUGCACCGGCUGCCGCCCAACCAAGGCCGCCUGCUCAAGGAUCUGCUGUGCUACCUGGCCCGCCUGUCGCGAUACGCGCACAGCUGCUCGGCAGAGGGGCUGGCGGGGGUGCUGGGCCCUGUGCUGCUCGACCCUGAGAGCGCCACGCUGCCUGUGGAUGCCGACAGCCUGACCAUGGCCGCCAUCUGGGUGGUGCAGGCGCUGAUUAGCCACUACGAGGAGCUGUAUGGCGAGGCGCUGCCGUUGGAGGAAGCGGUGCAGCGCAGCAAGCAGGAGCAGCUGCAGGAGCAGAUCCAGCGGCUGAUUGCCAAGAAGAAGCCGCCCGCGGGCGGCGGCGCCGGCGCCCGCGGCCCCGCCCCGGCCAAGCCAGCCAUCAGCGGCGGCAGCAGGGCAGGCAGGGGCCCAUCGCGGCUGGUCAACCCUGUGUCCACCAUGCCAGGGCAGAAGGCCAGCCAGAACUGGAUCAGCAGCGGCAGGCCGCUAGCAGACGGCGGCAUGCACGGGCGGCACCCGUCGGACGAAAAUGAGCACCCAGCUGGCAGCCGCCGCCCACCGGUGCCUCCCCUGCAGCUACCCACCGCCUCAGCGGCGCAGCAGCAGGAGGAUGGCCGGGCCGCGGGGCGGCUGUGGAGGCCGCAGGAGGCGGUGCGCAGUGGCAGCGUGGGCGAGACGCCGCGGCAGGGUGGGCCCGCGACCAGCGGCAUGCCCGGCUCGCCCAGCUGCUCGCUUACCACCAGCCGCGGCACUUCUGGCUUCUCGCACCUGGGAGCUGCUGCACCUGUGCUGAUGCGCCAGAUCGAGCUCAAGGCGGCGCUGAGGCCUCCCAGCGAGGAGCUGCCACACAAGUCGCCCUGGCGCCCGCCGGGCAAGAACGACAAGGUCAUCCACACCAAGCGGCAGCGCCCGCAGUGGUCGUGCGUUGUGCCGCUGUACCGCCCAGGCUAUGCAUCCCAGGACAACUCCCCUGCCGGAUCCGAGGUUGCGCUGUCCGACACCGCAUCCACACAAGGGUCGCCACACCUGGGCACAUCUCGGCUCAGGGCCUCCAGCAGCAGCCACCCCUUUGCCGGCUCCACGGCGGCCUCGCCACGUGCGCACGGCGGCAGCGGCGGCAGCCAGGUGCUGAGCGCUGAGGAGCUGGAUGGGCAGGUGGUGUAUGAGCUGGGGCAGUCUGGGGAGCACGCGGUACCGCUCAGCGCCGGCAUCGGCGCCAAGCGCUCUUUGGGAGACGAGAUUGAAGCCACCGGCCAGCAUGUGCCUGCCGAUCUCGGCGACGGCGCAGACCCUACCAGCGGGGCAGGCGGCGGGUUCGGCUGGGGCUGGGGCGCGGCUGGCGCCGGCGGCGCUCCUGGCGGCGAGGCUGCUGCUGCCGGUAUCGUGUAUGGCAACUCGGGAGCAGCUGUGGAUGGCAUGCACAGCACGGGUGGCGCCGGCGGUGCAGCAGGCGGCGGCGAGGCAGGCAGCGGCUUCACCACAGCCGGCCUACAGCACAUUGCUGCCAAGCUGCGUAACGGCAGCAUGACGCCGGCCAGGGCGGCGGCGCCACCUGGCGACGGCCGCUAUGCCAGCUACGAGGGCAGCGUGGAGUCCAGCAGGCAGGGCGCAGCGCCAGGCUCGCUGGGUGUGGCUGCUGCCGCCAGCGGCGCCGGCGGACGGGUGUCCGGCACCCUCCGCCAGGCGGCAGGCGGCACACGGGGGCGUCCCACCCCGCUGCACAUCAGCCGCGUCAGCGUGGCAGACUUGCUGCAGGGCUCGGGCGGGGAGGCAGGCAGCGAGCCGCAGCCUGGGGAGGCCCCCCAGCUGCAUACCAUGUCCAGGCAGGCACAGGCCAGCAUCAGCAGGUUGGCAGCAUCCAUGCACGGAGGCGGUAUGCAGGGGGUCACGCCCAACGACAUCCGCACCGCGCUGUCAGGCGGGCGGGCAGGCGCCGUGCCGGCGUCUGCCCUGCGGGAUGCGGCCGUGGAGUUUACCGAUAUCACCGGGCGUACAUGGAGCCAUGGAGUGGCACAGAACCUGGCGGCGGCUGGCCUGUUUGCCACACCAGAGGUCUCCUCGCGGCCCCCGGCCCCAGCCGAGGGAGAGUAUCCCAACCUGGGCUUGCCGGCGUGGACGGCAGGCGGCGCCGCAGCCGGCGGCUCCUCGGCGGCGGCCUUCGGCUCAGCGCUGGCAGCAGAGGCCGCGAUGGCGACCCCUGCGGCGGCCGCCCUGGCGCAGCUGGGCAGCCUCUACAUCAAUGAGAAGACAGGGCAGAUCAUGCAGAAGACAGCGGUGGAUGAGGAAGGGCACAUGGCCUACCUGCCGGCAGGCAUCUCACUGGAGGAGCUGCUGACUGCGGCGGAAGACCUGCAGCAGAUGCUGCCCACGCCCAUGACCUCCCGCCCUGUGUCGCCGACGGCGGCGGGGCCGCUGGAUGGCGGCGGCGAGUACACGCCCCUGGACCUGGCUGUGCUGAUGGCGGCGCAUGCCAAGAAGUUGAAGAAGGAUCAGGAUGCCAGGCUGGAGCUUCGCCUGGUGGAGAAGCAGCUGAACCAGCAGCACGGCUUCCCCCGGCCGGCAGCCACGCCACGGCUGGGCAGCGGCGCGCCGCCGCCACCGCCGCCGCCGCCGCUGCCCCCCGGCUGCUCGGCGAGCAAGCCGGCGAGGCCAGCGGGUGGCGCGGGCCCGCCCCCUCCUCCGCCGCCUCCCAAGCUGCCUCCCGGCUGCUCGGCCAGCAAGCCGGCCAAGCCGGCAGCUGGAGCAGGCCCGCCUCCUCCUCCGCCGCCUCCCAAGCUGCCUCCCGGCUGCUCCUCUGCCAAGAAGGCUGCGGCACCGCCACCCCCGCCACCGCUGCCACCCAAGCCAGGGGCCAAGGGCGCCGCAGCGCCUCCCCCGCCACCCCCGCUGCCGCCAAAGCCGGGAGCCAAGGGUGCCCCUCCGCCGCCGCCGCCUCCAAUGCCGCCCAAAGGCGGCGCCAAGGGCGCAGGCCCGCCCCCACCACCUCCGCUGCCACCCAAGGGCGGCACCAAGGGAGCGCCGCCGCCGCCGACGAUGCCCGGCGGCAAGCCAGGAGGUCCGCUGCCGCCACCGCCGCCACCUCCCCCGGGCACCCUGGGCAAGAAGCGGGCCGAGAAUGCCGACGCAAACGCCGGCCUGCAGCCCGGUUGCGUGGUGCCGCGGUCGCCCACCUCAGCCGCCCGCCGAGGCAGCUCUCUGGAGGAGGAGCAGGCCAGCGAGGCGCAGCGCCGCCGCCUGAAGCAGCUGCACUGGGACAAGCUGAAGCAGGCUCGGGAGGGCACGGUGUGGAGCCGGGCCAACCGCGACAAGCUGCACCUGGAUCUGCGCCAGCUGGAGUCGCUGUUCCAGAUCAUGGAGGCCAAGGCCAUCAAGCGGGGCGGCCCCAAGGAGGACGAGGUGCGCCUGGUGGAGCACCGCCGCGCCCACAACAUCCUCAUCGAGCUGUCGGGCAUCCGCAAGCCCUUUGACGAGAUCAAGGACGCCUUGCUGCGCAUGGAUGCCGCCGCCCUCAGCGUGGAGCAGCUGUCUGUGCUGUCGCGUGCCGUGCCCGACGACCAGGAGCGCAAGGACAUUGAGCUGUACCUGGCUGGCAAGCACCCCAAGUACAAGGGCAAGAGCGAGGUGGAGCGGCUGGGCACCGUGGAGCGAUACUUUGUUGAGGUGAAGGACAUCCCGCGCCUGGCCGAGCGCAUCCGCUGCUUCAUCUUCUCCCGCACCUACAGGGCCACGCACGGCAAGUGUGUUGAGCACUUGGAGGUGGUGCGGCAGGCGUGCCGAGAGCUGCAGGGCUGCGCCUCCUUCUCCAAGCUGCUGCAGGCGGGCACCCAGCGCGGCGCGGCGGCCGGCUUCAAGCUGGACACUCUGCUGAAGCUGGCAGAUGUGAAGGGCACCGACCGCAAGACCAGCCUGCUGCACUUUCUUGUGGAGGAGGAUGAGGGCAUGAAGGAGAUGAGCGCUGAGCUGGAGCACCUCAAGCAGGCCGCCAACAUGCAGGCAAGCAGCCUGGCGGCUGACAGGCACUCAACACCCGCGCUGGCUGCCCUCAAGGGCCUGAUCGGCGAGGUGCGGCUGGGCCUGCGCCAGAUCAACACCGAGGUGGUGCAGGCGGCCAAGAGCCGCGACCAGGAGGGCUCCGGCAGCCGCCACUUCAGCGAGAUGAUGGCGGGGUUCCAUGCCGAGGCGGCGCAGGAGUUCCGGGAGCUGGAGGCACUGGAGAAGCGCAUGUAUGAGGAGCUGUGCGAGGCGACAGAGUACUUCGGGGAGGAGUAUGCGCCGGCCGACGCCACCCGCGUGCUGCGCACCGUGCGCGACUUUGUGGUGCUGUUUGAGAAGGGCCUGGCCGACAUCCGGGCGCGGGAGAAGGCGGCUGCCAAGGCGGAGGAGGAGGCUCGCAAGCGGGAGAGCAUCCAGGCUGCCAUCCAGGCACGGCGCACCCAGAACGCUGAGCCGCCAGCAGACCCCAUGCACCUCAUGCAGCUGCGCCAGUCGCGGACCAGCAGCCAGGGGGAGGCGCCCGGCGCUGCAAAGGAUGCAGCGGAGCCGGCAGCAGGCACUCCAGGAACAGGCGCAGCAGCAGAGGCCCCGGCCACAUUAGCAAUGACAGCCGAGGGCAGGGCUGAGCAGGAGGCGGCUUCUGCCUCCACCGAGCCAGCAGACCAGUCAGGAGGACCAGUUGCUCGGCAGGAGGAGCAGCAGGCCAGUGCUCCUGCCGACUCGCUGGCGCCGGAAGUUGGCGCCGCUGCAGCCGGCUCGCUGGCAGCAGCGGCCGAGGAGCAUGCACACCGGGAGCAGCAGGCUGCUGUGGAGUUUGCACUUGCAGAGGCUGAGGUUGCCUCGCGGCAUGGGGUGGCUGAGGAGCAGCAGCCGCUGGUGGUGGACGUGCCGCUGCCUGCAGCAGACGCGCCCGAAGCAGCCACUCCGCCUGAGGCGGAGCCAGCAGCAGACGGUACCCCUGCCGGCAGCGCCCCUCCCGCCACCCCUCCCAGCCUUCUCCAGGCUGUCAUGCAGCUGGCUGAUGACUGGGGCAGCAUGUUUAGCGGCGGCAUGAACCUUGCAGCAGCCGCCACGGCAGCUCCCCCGCAGGCUUCCGCGGCAGCAGAAGUCUUGGAAGCGGCGGCGGAAGCCACCCCCAGCAGCUGGCAAGGUGGGUCUACGGCGACGCCUGCGCAGAUCCAGCAGUCAACGGCAGUGGCGGCAGGUGGCGAGGAGCUGGAGCAGCAGCAUUCGCAGCAGCAGCGGCAGGAUGGCUGGGACAGCCCCGGCAGCAGCCUGGACGGGCUGCUGGCGGUGACUGCUCACUCGGAGCUGCCGCCUGGGUCUGUGGGCAUGACCACAGCGGCUGCCUCCCGGCCGCCUCGCCAGCUGGAGGAAUUCAUGACCCCCAUGCCGCAGCCUGACUGGCUGGAGGAGGAGGGCGUGGCAUCGAGCGGCAAGUCCUCUGGCAGCAGCAGCGGCUCGGCGGCGCCCGAGGGCGCCAGCAGCGCGGCCAAGGCGGUGUGUGAGCCGUCAAGCCUGGUUGAGUUGAACAGUUGA